AGCUUGAAGGUUUGGCUAGGAACAAGGGGAUAUUAUUUGUCGCUAUUGAUCAAAGCAAGCCGCUCUCGGAUCAAGGCCCUUUUGACAUCGUGUUGCACAAGUUAUCAGGAAAGGAAUGGCGCCGGAUCAUUGAGAGUGCUUGCUCUUUCCUCCAUCUUGAAUCAUUACCCGAUAUUAGGUCCAGGCCUCAAGGUUCCAGAUGAGGAUGUUUCUUCUCCCAUGGUCAUCAUGCUGAUUUGUUCAGGUUUUCUGAAAGCCCUUGUUUCCAAGAAAAAAAAUGGAUUUAUCUGGAAUGAGAUCAUUUUCGAGGGUUAACAGUUACCGAUUUUGUCAGCUGAAUGGGAGAUGGCUCAUAAAGUGCUACUUAUUCAAGAUCUUCUACAUAUGAUUUUCAGUCUUGCUACAAUUCAAAAUCUAGGAAUAGGUUCUGUAAAUCAAAGUUUCUCCAACAAUUCUUUUGGAUUAUUCAUACUUCUAGGUUACACCAGGAGAACUUUCUGACUUCCGGCUAGGUUCAAGCUAUUAUGUUCUGGUUUCUGGUUGCUUAUGUUUUUGGGAUGUUUAGGUAGCAAAUGAACUAAAUAAACCUUUUUCACAAUUUUUUCUUCACUAUUAUUCCAAACCUACUAACUGUACUAAUUACAUCCAUUACCUGCCAUGCUUGAGAGUCAGACAGACUGCAAUUCUGGCUCUAUCUUUUAUGACCCCACUGUAAGGAUUUCUGUGUUUAUGAUGAAGUGCAUAAGAGUUUAUGGAUAAUCAUUAGUAUUUGGCUACUUGGUCCUAAAGUUGUAUGAUAUUUACAAUAAACAAAUUGGAGAAAGUAUUCAUGCCAUUGUAUGUAUUACUGGCAUUAAAGAUGCGUUUUAAUGGAUUGUGAGCAAUGAAAUCUGCUUUACCUGCUAGAUUUGAUGAAGUUGUUGGUUUUUUAUCGAUAUUUUGUGUGUAUCACAAUCAAAUCUCAACGCUCAGAUUCAAUCUAAAGGCAAUUAUUUUAAGCAAGGCCUUGAUCGUAUUAUUUACUACAGCUCAACAAAAUUGGUUCUAUACAAUUGGCAGAUUACUAGUGCCCAUUUGGAGUACUGAUGUGAUGCUCUUUUUUUUUCACCAUACGAUUUAUCUUUAAUUCCUCGCUCAUAGAAUGUAUUUAGGUACCUUAUGUAUACUUCCUGUAUACACGGGCCAUGCCUAGUAUAUUCUGAUCAAUAAUAUUUAUCUUUUACUUAUAAAAAAAAAAAAAAAAUAUGCUCUUUCUUUCACCACACAUUUUUUUAAGGCUGGUCAAGGAAAUUUUGUAAAAGCAAAAUAACCCCCAAUUCCAACGUAGAAUCCUGAAGUUUUUUAUUGGCAUUUGUUGAAGACUCUGUUACUGGUUGAAUUCUAUCUGAGUCAUGCAGAAUCUGCAGGAUCCAUCUGCCAAUAAGUAUUUUUUUUUUCAUUUUUUCCUAGCUAGAUUUGAUAAUUCAUAUUUCAUAAUUCCAUAAGUCUCCUCUCAUCUGAAAUCUUGGACACCCAAGGGGGCAUGAGUGGAAUGGUCCUCAUUAACAUUGGUUCUAGGUUAAUGACUUUGAUGAGGAUUUAAUUCCUGGUAUAAAUGAGUGGUGGACUUGUUUUCAUACAAAAGCAGGCACUUAUGAUGAAUAUAAAUAUAAGUCGUGAUAGUAACCCUUUUGUUGCUAUCAAUGGCUUCUAGACUUGGAUCUGGACAGGCCAUUCCCAAUGCAGUAGGACUUUCUUGCUUCUGUUGAAGUUCAUUCCAUUACUGAUUUGAGUCCUUAACAGUGUGCUUUGUGACAUAUCUUAUUAUUCGUUUUAAGCAUCCUUCUUCCCUUCUUCAGUGUUCCUUGACAUACUAAACAUGAUGUUUGGGGACAAUUCUGUGAAGUACUUUGAUUUCUUAAUAGCUGUAAAUAUUUUAAAAAUACAUGUGAUUUUGGUGAUUAACAAUUUAGGUGUAUGUUGCUUCUGAUAAUCAGCAUUUUUUCCGUCUUUUUGCAUUGUGUGUGCAAAGACAGCUGGCAUUAUGUCCUUGAAUCUUCUCAAGGAUAAGAAAGGAAAGUGUCUUGAAGCAUUUUCCCCCAAUUUGGACAAUACUGAUGUCUUCUUGAUGCUUUCUCAAACAAAUUUUGGUAUCGGUCGUUUCAUAUAAUAGGACAAGGUUUUAGUUUUUGGAGCACAAUAUGUUACAGAUUUGAUCAGGCAUGGUUUAUCAAAUAUCAUUUUGAAAGGUAUGCACAUUCUUACCCUCUUUCCUUCUAUGUUUGCAGGACUACAGGCAAACACAUCCAGAAGUAACAGUUCUUGAUCCUCCAGAUGCCAUACAACAUUUACGGAAUCGCCAAUUCAUGCUCCAGGCUGUUGCUGAUCUGAACUUAUCCGACUCCUAUGGCAAAGUUGGUGUUCCCAGGCAAUUGGUAAUCAAGAGAGAUGCAUCAUCCAUCCCUGAUGCAGUUACUAAAGCUGGGCUGACACUACCACUUGUUGCGAAGCCAUUGGUGGCUGAUGGAAGUGCAAAGUCACAUGAAUUAUCACUCGCUUAUGAUCAGAACUCCCUUCUAAAACUUGAACCUCCACUUGUUCUACAGGAGUUUGUUAACCAUGGAGGUGUUCUAUUCAAGGUAUAUAUCGUUGGUGAAGCUAUAAAGGUGGUCAGACGUUUCUCUCUACCUGAUGUCAGUAAAAGGGAGCUCUCAAAAAAUGCUGGUGUCUAUCGCGUUCCAAGGGUUUCUUGUGCUGCUGCUUCAGCAGAUGAUGCGGAUCUGGACCCCGGUAUUGCUGAGCUCCCUCCAUUACCUUUACUUGAGAAACUUGCAAAGGAACUUCGUCGUCAGCUGGGUCUACGGCUCUUCAACUUGGAUAUUAUCCGAGAGCAUGGUAGCUGUAAUCAUUUUUAUGUCAUUGACAUUAAUUAUUUCCCUGGGUAUGGAAAGAUGCCAGAAUAUGAGCACAUAUUCACAGAUUUCCUUUUGAGCCUGGUGCCAGGCAAGUACAAAAAAAGAUCCUGCUAAGAACCGUUUAUGGCCUUUGUGAAUGAAACGAGUGGCAAUCGGAAUGAAAAAUCACCACACCUCAAUAAAAGUAUCUGCAGAAGAGACCGAUACUCUGAAGUAGAAAUACCAUAUCACCUCAACAAGUAGCUGAAGGAAAAGCUUUUCUGCUUAGGGUGAUGCCAUGUACAGUAUCAUGUGCUGGCCGGAGGAGGGGGCGCCAUGCGAAGUGUAAAUGGUCCAGACCUUCGACUUCUGUAAUUACCUACUGGGAAGAAGGAUAUGUUGACAUUUAGCAUCCCAGCCUGUACAAAGUUCAACUAUCCACCUUGUCCACGGUUCCCAUGGGUCUAACUAAGCUUUUGUUCUUGAUUGUUUUUUGUGUCAACCCAAUAUUUCAUGUUCUAAUUUGGUGAUACAAGCAGUUGGGGAAUACGCACAAUUGGAGAUGUUCAAUGACAUAUUUUGGAGUGUGGCAUCCAUCUCACCUGUAUCAAAGCAGUUCUAGAUUCAAUCAACCCUAUGUUUUUUGUCCAAUCUAAUAAUGAGGCAAAAACAGGCCAAGUCGAUGUAUGAGAAUUGUAGCUGUAUAAUAUUUUGGAGUGUUUUCUUUCAAAUUUUGGGUGCCUAAAUGGAAGGCGUUUUCUCCGGCGUGUAAUCGAAUAAGCUACUUGACAUUAUUUGAGUAAUGUUAGAUACAGUUAGAAAUUAUGCAAA